AUCGCGAGAAGAGUGAUAACUUCGCCGAGAAGAGGCCUCUCCUUGCUGUGUGCAAAAGCAUCGGAUCUUCUGGGACCAGCCCUCCUUACUGCUGCGUAGAUCUCCAUUCUUUGAGAACAGGGGAAGUGGUCAAAUCCGUGCAGUUCAAAACACCGAUUUAUGAUCUCCACUGCAACAGAAGGAUUCUUGUCGUCGUCUUGCAAGAGAAGAUUGCUGCCUUUGACAGCUGCACUUUCACUAAAAAAUUCUUUGUCACAAGUUGCUAUCCUUGUCCAGGGCCAAAUAUGAACCCCAUCGCUCUAGGAAGCCGGUGGCUGGCCUAUGCGGAAAACAAGCUGAUUCGGUGCCAUCAGUCCCGGGGUGGAGCUUGCGGAGAUAAUAUUCAGUCCUACACCGCCACAGUCAUCAGCGCAGCCAAAACCAUCAAAACUGGGCUCACCAUGGUUGGAAAAGUGGUAACCCAGCUGACGGGCACUUCGCCAUCAGGAACGGUGGAAGAAGAAAUCGUAGCGCACAGCAAUAGCCGACGCAGUCCCUUGAUCCCCGGAAUUGUCACCGUUAUUGAUACCGAGAUGGUUGGAGAAGGACAG